AUGGCCAGUUUGGCCCGACACACAUUCCCCCCAGAGCUCAACCACGAGCUUAUGAACCUUGGAUCAGUGAACACCAUGAUGGUGUCAUUGGACGCGACGCAGGAGGAUGGCCUGUACUCGGCCUUUGUACGCACGCUGUCCAAGAUUCUGGACACCCUCUGCACCACCGACCCCGUAACGCCGACAAAUUUGCUUUCAUUUCUCUAUGAAGUACGCAAGCUGCUCGUUUGUACAAUAACUUUGGCCAAUGCUCGGGGCCUCCGAAGGGUUGCAGUGUGCCGCGAUGAAGCUCGCGCGCGAAGAAGCGCGCGGCUGUGGGGCGGAUUGCUGAAGCCGCUGGCGCACUGA